AGCAGUUUAGAUGCAAUAGAACUCAAGGUUCCUUACACUAUGUGAUUCGUUCCAGAACUGGUCAUUGUAAAGGGAAGAUGCUUGGAGACGCAAGUAAGCGGAAGUGGCAGCUGUGCCAUAUGAACAUGGAGGGCUGAGGCUGUGGAACCUCUGUUAGGGGAGAGGGAUAAAGAUACACCGUCUCAGCCGUGUUCCAUUUAAGGCCAUCCGGAAUCUUUUCCUGUUGAAACAAUCCUAAAUACUCUGACAUCUAGGCCUGAGACAACCAACAGAUGGAAAUCUCUUUCAGUCUCACAUGGCAACAAAAACAGCUCAUAUGUCCCCACAAGUAUUUGACAAUGAAGAAAAACAAAAAAAAGAAACUACUCGUUCUUUAGCCAUGUCUGGCCAUGUUGGUUUUGAGAGUCUGCCUGAUCAGCUGGUCAACAGAUCGAUUCAGCAAGGCUUCUGCUUUAAUAUCCUCUGCGUGGGGGAGACUGGAAUUGGAAAAUCAACGCUGAUUGACACAUUAUUUAAUACGAAUUUUGAAGACCAUGAAUCCUCCCAUUUUUACCCACAUGUUAGACUUAAAGCACAGACAUAUGAACUCCAGGAAAGUAACGUUCGAUUGAAAUUGACCAUCGUGAAUACAGUGGGAUUUGGUGACCAAAUAAACAAAGAAGAGAGCUACCAACCAAUUGUUGACUACAUCGACGCUCAGUUUGAGGCCUAUCUCCAAGAAGAGCUGAAAAUCAAACGCUCCCUCUUUAACUACCACGACUCUCGCAUCCACGUGUGCCUCUACUUCAUCUCCCCGACAGGCCACUCUCUGAAGACACUGGAUCUCUUGACCAUGAAGAGCCUGGACAGCAAGGUGAACAUUAUACCAGUGAUUGCCAAAGCAGAUGCAAUUUCUAAAACUGAAUUACAGAAGUUUAAGGUCAAGCUCAUGAGUGAAUUGGUCAGCAAUGGUGUUCAGAUAUACCAGUUCCCAACAGAUGAUGAAACUAUUGCUAAAAUCAAUGCGUCAAUGAAUGGACACUUGCCGUUUGCUGUGGUAGGAAGCAUGGAUGAGGUGAAAGUUGGAAAUAAGAUGGUCAAAGCUCGCCAGUACCCUUGGGGCAUCGUACAAGUGGAAAAUGAAAACCACUGCGACUUUGUCAAGCUCCGGGAGAUGCUCAUUUGUACGAACAUGGAGGAUCUGCGAGACGAGACGCACACGAGGCACUACGAGCUGUACCGGCGCCGCAAGCUGGAGGAGACGGGCCUCACAGACACGGGCCCAGAGAACAAGCCGCUCAGUCUUCAGGAGACCUACGAAGCCAAAAGACACGAAUUUUAUGGUGAACGUCAGAGGAAGGAGGAAGAAAUGAAGCAGCUGUUUGUGCAGCGUGUGAAGGAGAAAGAAGCCGUGUUGAAAGAAGCUGAGAGAGAGCUCCAGGCCAAGUUUGAGCACCUUAAGAGAGUACAUCAAGAGGAGAAGCUGAGGCUUGAGGAGAAGAGAAGACUUCUGGAAGAAGAAAUAAUCGCCUUCUCUAAGAAGAAAGCUACCUCCGAGAUAUACCAGAACCAGCCCUUUAUGACCCCGGGUGGUAACGUGAGGAAGGACAAGGACCGCAAGAACUCCAGUUUUAUGUAAAGCAAAGGUUCCAGUUCACAGAAGAUCAUCACAAACAAAGUUAUUAAACUGUUAGAAGUAUGCUUUGAUUUUCUUGCUGUUUUUAUUUGCUGUAUCACUUACGCUGUAUCACUUAUUCUAUAUCUGGCAAAUGGCCACAGUUAAAGUAUGAGGUCAGUACAUAAGCCGGAUAGGACGAUGUUACUCAUUCACUGUUAGAAGUUUAAGUUGUUGGUUUGUGAUGAACUGAGAUCAUUUCUCCUGCUGCCCAGUGCUUGCUAUCACUUUGCUGUGUCGGUGCCUUUGAAAGUACAGGACUCGUUUAUGUUGUGGCUCUUGAUUGCAUACAUAUUCCAAGAUGAACCUUUUGUGUAAAUACUAAAGGUAAACUUUUGGGAAUAUGUUUUAAAAUGUAUUAUGUACCUGAAACUCCAAGCUCAGUAGUUCUGUAGAACUUUAAAAUUUUUCAUACAAUUACCCAAUUGGUAACAUGAUCCUAAGCUUUUGCAUCAAAUUACAUAAUAUGUGCUUCAGUGUUGUGGUCCGUGGGUUGUUGUGAUGAAACAACAUGUUUAAAGCAGAAACACUCAGGUAAAUAAGCCCUUUUCUGGUGAUAAGUACCUUUGGAACUGGGUGUCUUCACACUGUUGCAUGAGUCUGUAUUACAUACUUGUUUCAAACUGUCUUCCAGGGAAAAUAAUAAAGUUGAAUCAUCUUAUUAAAAAUAUUUCUUAAAAAAGUUACUAUGAACAUCUGAAUAUUAAAGAUAAAAAUUUAGAUAAUUCGUAUUGUAAAGGAUAUUUGAAUUCAGUGCCUCAGUAUUUGCAGAACGAUUUAAUGGCUUCUAACUUUU